AUGGCAGGAUGUAGGCUCUCUCUUGUACUUUGGCCUUUUGUUGAGAUGCUCUGUGGGAUACUGAUACUUGCAGCCUUGGCUGUAGCAAAGCCAACGAAACACAACCCGCAGCCGUAUCAUAGCUCUUUGCAAGUGCGACACAGCUAUGGUGCUGUGAAUGGCGAGACGGCUUCGCCAGAAGUCGACCUUGGAUACAGCAUCUAUCAGGGCUACCACAAUGCCAGCACAGGCCAAGAUGUAUACAAAGGCAUUCGCUUCGCACAGCCGCCAACAGGAUCUUUACGAUGGCAAGCACCUCGACCACCCGCCGUGAACCGUACCGAGACCUUCGACGCAACGACUUUUCCAGCAGAAUGUCCGCAAAACCCCAAUUCCUCGGGCCGUAUACAAGCCGUGAAUCAGACUGGCACGUCGGAAGAUUGCCUUUUCCUGAACGUGUAUACACCCAGUAAUGCUACUGAGCCCUUACCUGUCCACUUCUGGAUUCACGGUGGCGGCUACGGGACUGGUAACGGCCAGCAGGACUUGCAGACAUUCAUCAACACGAAUGGAAACCGAUUUGUGGGCGUCAUCAUACAAUAUAGACUGGGUGCAUUUGGCUUUCUAUCCUCCGACGAAGUCUACCGGAAGGGCGUAGUGAACGCUGGAAUUCUGGACCAGGUUCUGGCACUGCAAUGGGUACAGUCGCAUAUCCACCUGUUCAAUGGCGAUUUUACGAGAGUCACAAUAGCAGGCGAAAGCGCGGGCGCUGGAUCAGUCAUGUUGUUGGACAUAGCAUAUGGCGGGACACUGGGCACGUCACUGUUCCAGAACAGCAUCGCGGCAAGCCCGUUCUUGCCAAUGCAAUAUGGGUACAAAGACUGGGUACCAACACAAUCAUACUACUCAUUUGCUGCCCAGGCUGGAUGCAACAGUAUGCUACCAUAUGGCGCGAAUGGCUCUCGACCAAUCUUCGAGUGCUUACAAGAAGUCAGCUCCGAGGCGCUCAUCAAUGCUAGUGCUACGAUUGCUCAGUCUGGCAACUUUGGCACCUGGGCCUUCCUUCCUGUCACGGACGGAACUUUGAUACAGGAUCUUCCAAGUCGCCAGCUCGGUCGUCGCGAGGUCAAUGGAGAGAACAUGUUUUCAGGCAACAACGCCAACGAGGGCGCCUACUUCGUACCACAGCAUAUCGACACAGAGGAAGAUCUCCUAGCUUGGCUCCGCUUGACAUUCCCUUUGUUCAGCACCAACGACAUCGCCAAGAUUCUAUACUAUUAUCCUAGCAGUAACGCUUCAGUUGACAGCACCGCGCCGCUAUUCGCAACCACCGGCGAAAGCAAUCCUACUGCCGUCAAUCAGAGCGUCUUGGCCACCGGACAGCAGCAGCGCGCGAACAACAUCUAUGCCGAAACCACGUUCAUUUGCCCCAGCUACUGGCUCGCUGGGGCGUACUCCAGAAAUGGCGGCUCUGCAUACAAAUAUCAGUUCUCUGUGGUCCCAGGCUUGCACGGCGACGAGAUCAACGCAUGGGCCAAUGCUCCAGACAACGAGACGUUGACGCAACCGCACAGUCGUGAUCUGGCCACAGCCUUCUCCCAGAUGUAUGGCAACUUUGUCAUCCACUCGAACCCUUCAGUCUCGAACGCCGUUGCGAAUGGCUUGACCGAUCCUUUUGAUGCGGCAGCGAGCAAUGCUGCUGCCGCGUGGCCGCCAUACAGCAUCGAAGCGCCGUUCCAGAUCGAUGUCAAAACAACUUGCGGUGAGAAUAGGAUCUCGAUUGGGCAAGUCGGGUCUGCGGAUCGCUUUUACUGUGCUGGGGCCGGUACGUAUAAUGACUUUAGGAAGGUGAAUGCUUAUACGUGGGAGGGCGGCAGGGGUGUCAGGUGUGACUCCUGGAAGUCUGUGGGCGAGAUUGUGCCGGAAUAG